CCGAUUCUCCCGGCACUGAGCAGACAGCAUAAGAUAUUUCCUUCCGAAGCCAUCCUCUCCUAAAUGGCGCUGCUGUUUUCUCCUCUCAGUUUCUUCCAGGUGAUUUGGGGAAUGCUGUUUCUGGUCACCAAAGCUGCAGAAUGGAGACGAGAGGGGAUGAGCAUGGCGCCCCCCAACGAGGCUGUCCAGAAAAUGGGACAUUUCACCAGGAUGCUGAAGUUGCUGGAGGAAGACCAAGCAAAGCGAGAAACUCAAGAUGCUGUAAGGAGUAUUAACAUCACAGGCGCCACCGAAGCUCAUGUCAUGGAAAACUUAAAUUUAUCUCUGCACAUCCAAGGGAGUCCUCCACUCAGUUUAUGUUGGUUAAUUAAGACGGAGUGUAUUGUGCUUGUGGGAGACCAGUGCCAUCUAGUGGUGAUGAACAGCACACAAUACUAUCUGAACCACACCUUCAUCAAUGCUGGAGAAUAUUGCCUUAGCAUCCGGGUGGAGAACCGGGUGAACAUCUUGCAGUCCUACCAGGAGAUUCAGAUAAGGCCCUUAGGGAUCCAUCCAGCUUCCUUCAUCCUGCCUUGCCUCAUCCUGUUGCUGGCCACGCUGGGUCUGGCUGUCUACAUGACCUUCCGAAGCCCUGUGCAACAGAAGGAUCUGGUGGAGGUUGCCGAUUUUGACUUCUCCCCCACGCCCACCAAGAAGCCAUCCAGCACCGGAUGGAGCUGUGGCCAAUUCUGCUGUGGAACCUGCUUCCUUUGGUCCUCUCUGGAGCCUUGCAAGCCAGCCAAAGAGCACCACCGCCUUCUUCAGCCGCUCUGCACAUCCAGACAGCUGUACAGUGCCUGAAAGACACCCGCCCCCCAUGACUGGGGGUCCAACGAGUUUGCUUUGCUGCUCUCGAGUGCUUUGUGAAGCAUCGGAGGUUUUGCCAACGUGGGUGGAGAAGCCUUCCUUUUAAAUGACAGACGAGGAAUCGUCCAAUUAAAUAAUCGAAGAGCAAGCUUCAUGCUGUCACCCUGCCAAAAUCUGCCUUACAGCCCUUAGGGGAAAAAAAGGAGGCUUCUGUUUUUCCGCCUUAUGCUCAGGAUGCUUGAUAAUUUAUUUGCAAUUUCUCUCGGGAAGAAUGUUAGAGCUGGCUUAACGGGGUGGGAGAUGCCAAUGCUGCUAUUUAUGAUUAUUCUUCUCCUCUCCAUUCUGUAGGCUUCAGUAUCUGUACUUUCCUCAACUUGAAAAUCUUCCCAGGAGCAGGGGUUUUUUUUUGUUUUGUUUUUGUUUGUUUUUUUGCUAAUAUCUUCCUUUGGACCACGAUCCAAUCAUGGAAAACUCAAGGAAUUGUAGGAUACUAGAGAUGCUAUAAUAAAAAGCAGGACAUUCCUGUCCAGCCUUCA